AGACGCUCUGGCUAUGAUGAUGUUCAGCUCCUUCUUCAACUCUCCUCCCUGUGGACUCACACCUGUUCAGAGCAUCAUCUUCUGUCUUCAAGGCAUCACAGAAACUCUUAAUUCAGCCUCCGCCACAUAUGUAUAUUUCCAGUAGAUUGGAAUGGAUGGUUAGAUCCAGAGAGAUUUAGUGAUAUGUCCUUCAGUGCCAACACAAGCCCAUCUUCUUUACCAACAUCACCUCUGCUCUUCAAUGGCUCCAACUCUUCACAAACUCUGCUUUGGGAGAAGGAAAAUGCCAGUCAUGAGUCUGUGCAGCUAUGGCCUGAGAACAAAACCCUGCUUAUCUCAGACCUCUCUGCUCUCGAGCAGGAAGAGCAGUGCCAUAUGUCUCCCAUCCUCACAACAUGUCUUGUGGUGUGGUACAGUGCUACCAUGGUGCUGGGGCUGGUGGGGAACAUUGGCCUCAUUUGCAUCAUCACCCAUCGCAGAGAGAAAGUCAAUGUCACCAGCAUUUUCAUCUGCAAUCUGUCAUUCUCUGACAUUUUUGUGUGUGUGUUUUGUCUCCCCUUCACUGUCAUUUAUACACUUAUGGAUCACUGGGUGUUUGGGUCGCUGUUGUGCCGUCUGGUGCCGUUUGUCCAGUGCGUAUCUGUGACAGUGUCAGUGCUGUCUUUAGUCUUCAUCGCUCUAGAAAGACAUCAGCUCAUCAUAAACCCAUCUGGAUGGAAACCAAGCAUUCCUCAGGCCUACAUGGCAGUCAUUUUUAUCUGGAUUCUUGCCAGCUUCACAUCCACACCCUUUUUAGCCUUUCAGUUGCUCACUAAUGAGCCAUAUACCAAUGUGGUCCUGCCACUCCAUCCCCAGCUUUCUCCCCAUGUUUAUCUCAAUGCAUCUCCUUCUCAGCUUGUCUCCAGUACUUACAAAAACUCAUCUGUGCCUUUAAAUGUAUAUCGCUCUCUCUUCUCUUAUGUCCCCGCCUCCCCGCACAUGGAGGCCUGUGUGGAGCACUGGCCAUCUCAUGAACAUAGGGUAGCUUACACCACAUGGCUCUUGCUCUUCCAAUACUGUGGUCCACUGCUGUUGGUACUCCUCUGCUAUAUCAGAGUUUUUGUUCGCCUUCGCCACCGCAAAGACAUGUUGGACCGUGCCAGGACCCCAGAAAACCAGCGCAUGACCAACAGCCGGCGAAUCAACAUCAUGCUGGUUGCACUCAUGACAGCCUUUGCUCUUUGCUGGCUUCCGCUCACCAUCUUCAAUGUGUUGGCUGACUGGAACCUGGAGGCUCUGCCUGUCUGCCAUCACAACCUCCUGUUUUCACUCUGCCACCUGCUGGCCAUGUCCUCCACCUGCAUCAACCCCAUAAUCUAUGGCUUCCUCAACUCCAACUUUCGACAGGAAGUGCGGGAGAUGCUGCUCCACUGUCGCUGUUUCCCACAAGGAGAGUCUGAGCAUUUUCCCAUGUCCACAGUACACAUGGAAAUGUCUCGCACCUCUGUGCCUCUCCAGUGCAGAAGCAACUCGGUCUGACAUACAUCACGCCUUUAUAAUUGGAUGUAGUCACAUAAACUGCCCAAUUUUUGGACUCAGAUUUUGUUUUUGUUUUAUCACUGGUUUAAAACAUAGUGUGUGUUGUAGUGUUGGUUUUUCUUAUCUUUACAUCCCUAUAAUUAAGGAAGGAAUGGUAAUAAAAAUAAAAGCAUUUGUUUUAAAAGAUUAAAUUCAAUGUGAAGAUAUUAGUUAAACGUUUCUGUGAAAAAUUAAUUUUGUCAAACUGACUAAAAAAUGUUCAUUUUCAGGUGGACUACUGUGAUAGUGUAGUAUUUUUUGUAAUUAUGGCAAUUGUGCAGUGUAAAGAAGAACAUGUUUACAGUGAAGAAUAUGGGUUUGUUUUGUGCUUUAUGUGACAAAUAAAAAUAACAGCAUAGUGCUUUAGAACAUUGCUAACAUUAUUUUGAAUGAGCUCAGUUGUUUACAAGCUGUGUUUUAGUUUUGCUUUAUAAAAAUAUAAAAAUGUUUAUUUAGCUUUUGCUUCAAACUGGUAUGAGCUAUAGAAAUGCACCAACAAAGAUGGGCAAUAUUGUGUUGUUUAUCGAACAGCAGAAAAAUUAGGAAUCCUAUUAUAAUGCUAUGAUAUCCAAACCCAUCAAAAACGAGUUGUUGCUUUUGCUGUUUGAACUAUUUUCCACUGUCAGUUCAGUCAGCACAUACAUACAGUUGGAAACAAAUAUUUUCAUCAAAUGUUUUGUCACUUUAUUUUAGACAAAGGUUUACCUGUUUCAGCUCGGUUAGGAUAACCAAAAAUAUUUCUAUUUUAAAAAGCCUGAGUGAUGAGUGAGAGAUUUCUUUGAAGUUUCUUCAAAUUCAGAAGUUUCCAUACAUUACAUUAGUCAGUCAGUCAUUUUCUACCACUUAUUCCAUAGUGGGUCAUGGGGGAGCUGGUGCCUAUCUCCAGCAGUCUAUGGGUG